CUGUCAGGCCCUGACACGCAGGAUAAGCAUUAACAGGGGUCAGGUAACAAGAAGGGCAGGAGCCACGGAGUGGGGCCCAUCCACCAGGACUCACCUCUGACCGCCGUCCAGCGUCCAGCGCAGGGCCAGCUGGGAAAUGCUGCGUGUGCUGACCUCGGCCAGUGUGGCGCUGGGGCCCCGGGCGGCAGGUUGGGUGCGGACCAUGGCCUCGCACCAGCUGCUCGUGGCCCCCCCGGAGGCCCUGCUAAAGCCCCUGUCGGUGCCCAGCCGGCUCCUGCUGGGGCCCGGCCCCUCCAACCUGGCUCCGCGCGUCCUGGCGGCCGGCGGCCUGCAGAUGAUCGGCCACAUGCACAAGGAGAUGUACCAGAUAAUGGACGAGAUCAAGCAAGGCAUCCAGUACGUGUUCCAGACCAGGAACCCCCUCACGCUGGCUGUCAGCGGCUCGGGGCACUGCGUCCUGGAGACCGCCGUGGUCAACCUCCUGGAGCCCGGGGACCCCUUCCUAGUGGGUGUCAAUGGCAUCUGGGGGCAGCGGGCAGCUGAAAUCGGCGAGCGCGUUGGAGCCCGAGUGCACCCAAUGACCAAGGACCCCGGAGGCUACUACACACUGCAGGAGGUGGAGGAGGCCCUGGCCCAGCACAAGCCAGUGCUGCUGUUCCUGACUCACGGGGAGUCCUCCAGCGGCGUGCUGCAGCCCCUGGAUGGCUAUGGGGACCUCUGCCGCAGGUACAACUGCCUGCUCCUGGUGGACUCCGUAGCGUCCCUGGGUGGGGUCCCCAUCCACAUGGACCAGCAAGGCAUCGAUGUCUUGUACACGGGCUCUCAGAAGGUCCUGAAUGGCCCUCCGGGCACCUCACUCAUCUCCUUCAAUGACAAGGCCAAAAAUAAGAUCUACACGCGGAAGACGAAGCCCUACUCCUUCUACAUGGACGUCAAGUGGCUGGCCAACUUCUGGGGCUGUGACAACAAGCCCAGGAUGUACCAUCACACCACGCCCGUCAUCGGCUUGUACAGCCUGAGAGAGAGCCUGGCCCUCAUAGUGGAGAAGGGCCUGGAGAACAGCUGGCGGCAGCACCGGGAGGCUACCGCAUACCUGCAAGGGCGCCUGCAGGGGCUGGGUCUACAGCUCUUCGUGAAGGAUCCUGCGCUCCGGCUGCCCACCGUCACCACCGUGUCUGUGCCUGCUGGCUACGACUGGAGAGACAUUGUCAACUACCUAAUGGACCACUUUUCCAUCGAGAUCACGGGUGGCCUUGGGCCCUCCUUGGGGAAGGUGCUGCGGAUUGGCCUCCUGGGCUGCAAUGCCACCCGGGAGAAUGCGGACCGAGUGACCGAGGCCCUGCAGCAGGCCCUGCAGCACUGCCCCCGGAACAAGCUGUGACCUGGCCACCAGCGCACACCCUCCUGGAGGGGCAGGCGGUGCAGGCGGUGCAGGCUUAGACUCUGCAAGAUGGAUGGGCUGGAGGAGGCAGGAUAGCUGCUGACCCAGCCCAGGAGGCCCUUCUCCUUCCUGGAACUUUCUGGAAAUGGUUCCUUUGAGUUCAGGAUUCAUAGCUCCUCCCAAAUGAGCUACAGCCCCCACAGGUCACUGGCCUGGGAAUACUCAAUAAAGAACCGGGUGGUCAUCUGUC